AUGGCGUUGUUUCUUCUAAUGGUGAUGCUGACAGCAUGUGCUGCUGCUCCUCAAGAUUUGUCAGGUAAAAUGUUCACCUUUCCUCAAGAAACUAACUCAGCUCAUGUGAGGCUGACAACAUCAAGACAAGUUCUGAGAGCUGUAACCGUCUGUCUCAGGGCCUUUACAGACCUCCGUAGAGAUCAUAGCCUUUUCUCUUUGGCCACACCUGCUUUUGACAAUGAAUUGCUGAUUUUCAACGGUGUUUCAAACAAUAAGUAUGCUUAUUGGAUCAGGAAUAAAAAUGCAGACUUUAUAGGGCAGGACUACAAAGUGAACACGUGGCAAUCAAUUUGUUCCACAUGGGACUCUGUGUCUGGACUGGGCCAGCUGUGGUUAGAUGGAAAGCCCUCAAGUAGGAAGUUCAUCAACUCUGGAUCCAACAUCAGCGGGCCCAUUAUAAUUGUUUUAGGACAGGAUCAGGAUACACAUGGUGGAGGCUUUGAUAUUAAUCAGUCUUUCGUUGGUAUGAUCUCUGAUGUCCACCUUUGGGACCACAUCCUUUCCCCCUGUGAGAUCCAGAACUACAUGCAUCAUCUAAACUUCGCACCAGGGAAUGUGCUCAACUGGAGGGCGCUGGAGUUCCAGACCACAGGAAGAGUGCUGAUAGAAGACAAACAAGAGAUUAAGACCUGUUAUUAA